AGGAUGAAAAAAAUACUCACAUAACUUCUAUUUUCCGAUAAUGUCAAUACUUAAUUUUUUAUUUUUCGAAAAUUAGAUGACGGAAUUGAAAUGAGAGUGAUAACCAUAACCAUCCUGGUUAUCCCAUUCUCACUCUUCCUAUUGAAAUGGAUCUAAAAUUUUUCACUUCAUUCCUUUUGUUCUCCAUUGAUUCAUAGCUAGUUUACUCCCCCAAUCAAACUCUUUUUUUCUCUUUUCUUUUCUUUUUUCCCUUUGAUUUGGGUCUAAUUUUCCUCUCAAAUUCCUCAUUUUCAGCCAUGAUUUCACUUAAACCUCGUUCGAUUCUUCUCAUAUCAGCCAUUUUCCGUGUGGGUUUAAUCCUAGUUGGUGAAUGGCAAGAUACUCAUAUGGAAGUUCGAUACACAGAUGUGGAUUACCUCGUCUUCUCCGAUGCUGCUUCUUUAAUGGCUUCCGGUCAAUCUCCUUAUAAAAGAACCACUUAUCGUUAUUCACCUUUACUUGCUUUCUUAUUAAUCCCCAAUUCUUUUAUUUCUCGUUGUUGGGGCAAAUUUCUCUUCUCAGCUUCAGAUUUGUUUGUUGGGUUGUUUAUUCGUAUCAUAUUGAAGCAACGCAAGGUGCCUGAUGAUCUAUGCACGUAUUCCAUGUUGAUUUGGCUUUUCAAUCCAUUUACCUUCACAAUUGGAACUCGAGGAAACUGUGAACCUAUUGUUUGUGCUAUAAUUUUGUGGAUUAUUAUCUGUCUUAUUAAUGGUAAUGUAGUACAAGCUGCGUUUUGGUACGGUCUUAUAGUUCACUUCAGAAUUUAUCCUAUAAUCUAUGCGCUUCCCAUCGUUAUUUUUCUCGAUCCACGCUUUUUUCGAUCUGGAACGAAACCAUUGCUUAGUGAUUGGACUUCCGAUCCAGGGAAAGCUCGUGAAAUCAAUUCAGAAUUGAUUGAUAAAUGCGUUGUAUGUGAUGUAUGGAAAAGCACAUUCACGAGGUCAAGGAUUUUGUUUGGUCUCAUUUCCGGGACUGUUUUCCUCUUAUGUACUGGUUUCUUCUUCCAUUUAUACGGAUGGGAAUUUCUACAUGAGGCAUUGCUCUACCAUCUUACUCGCACGGAUGCAAGACAUAAUUUUUCCAUCUAUUUCUACCAUAUCUAUCUUAACUAUGAACGUGAGCUUUCGGUUCUUGAAAAGCUCGUCUCCUUUUUGCCUCAGUUUAUAGUGCAGCUAGUCCUCAUUUUAUGUUUCGCAAAGGAUCUUGUAUUCUGCUUCUUUGUACAGACAGUGGCAUUUGUAGCAUUCAAUAAGGUAAUCACGGCACAGUACUUCGUCUGGUUCUUUUGUGUCUUGCCUCUUAUUUUGCCAUGGAGCAAUAUGAAGCUUAAAUGGAAAGGCCUAUGUUGCAUUCUUUUGUGGAUGGGAGCUCAAACCCAUUGGUUAUUAUGGGGUUACCUGCUUGAGUUUAAAGGCAAAAACGUCUUUCUACAGCUCUGGAUGGCGAGUUUAUUGUUCCUGGCUGCUAAUACUUUCAUAUUGAUCGUGCUUAUUCGGCACCAUAACUACGGUCCUGUAUUUAGACAACAUACAGACUUGAAGACAACAAAGACAACAUGAAAAAAGUGUGAGUGACUGGAGAGCUUAGAUUUCAUAACUUUCUUGUAGCAUAGCUUGUAAAAACCAUCACUGGAGCAUCAAAUUGAACCAUCACUGUAGUAUCAAAUUGAACAUAUCCCAAUUCCAUUUUUUGCAUAUUUUUGGUGUUUUGAAGGGUUUUCAUGAACUAUUUUCCUUACAGAAAUUGUUGAUCAAGUUCUUCCUUAAAUUAGUAAUACAUUUGCUUACUAAUAACACUAUGCUAAAUUUUGUAUUAUACUUUUAUUUCAAGGAAUACAUACAAUUAUGCAAAUUUUGGAUGAAA